CGAAAUUGCGAGCUUGCAACAAGGAAGUCGUGCAGCCGCCAUUGUCGGGCUCAUCGGGGGUAGGGGAGGCAGCUGCGGCUGCUUAUGUCUGGCGUGCUCCUGAUCAGAGUUAUUCUGAUCUGAAGAUUUUGGCAUUCCAGGCAUUAAGAUAAUAGCCUGAGUUGUUCAUGGAGUUUUUCAUCAGUAUGUCUGAAACCAUUAAAUAUAAUGACGAUGAUCAUAAAACUCUGUUUCUGAAAACACUAAAUGAACAACGCCUGGAAGGAGAAUUCUGUGAUAUUGCUAUUGUGGUUGAGGAUGUGAAAUUCAGAGCGCAUAGAUGUGUUCUUGCCGCCUGCAGCACCUACUUUAAAAAGCUUUUCAAGAAGCUUGAGGUUGAUAGUUCUUCAGUAAUAGAAAUAGACUUUCUUCGUUCUGAUAUAUUUGAAGAGGUCCUGAACUACAUGUACACUGCAAAGAUUUCUGUGAAAAAAGAGGAUGUUAACUUAAUGAUGUCAUCGGGUCAGAUUCUUGGUAUCCGAUUUUUGGAUAAACUCUGUUCCCAGAAGCGUGAUGUAUCUAGUCCCGAUGAAAAUAACGGCCAGUCCAAAAGUAAGUAUUGCCUCAAAAUAAAUCGCCCCAUUGGAGACGCCACUGACACUCAGGAUGAUGAUGUAGAAGAAAUUGGGGAUCAGGAUGACAGUCCCUCUGAUGACACUGUAGAAGGCACGCCCCCGAGUCAGGAGGACGGCAAGUCACCCACAACCACGCUCAGGGUACAGGAAGCGAUUUUGAAAGAGCUGGGGAGUGAGGAAGUUCGGAAAGUCAAUUGCUACGGCCAGGAAGUGGAAUCCAUGGAGACCCCAGAAUCAAAGGACUUGGGAUCCCAGACCCCUCAAGCCUUAACGUUUAAUGAUGGGAUGAGCGAAGUGAAAGACGAACAGACACCAGGCUGGACAACAGCCGCCAGUGACAUGAAAUUUGAGUAUUUGCUUUACGGUCACCAUCGGGAGCAGAUUGCCUGUCAGGCGUGUGGUAAGACGUUUUCUGACGAAGGCAGAUUGAGGAAGCAUGAAAAACUCCACACAGCAGACCGGCCAUUUGUUUGUGAAAUGUGUACAAAAGGUUUCACCACACAGGCUCACCUGAAAGAGCACCUAAAAAUCCACACAGGAUAUAAGCCCUACAGUUGUGAGGUGUGUGGAAAAUCCUUUAUUCGUGCCCCAGACUUAAAGAAGCAUGAGCGAGUUCACAGUAACGAGAGACCGUUUGCUUGUCACAUGUGUGACAAAGCCUUCAAACACAAGUCCCACCUUAAGGAUCAUGAAAGAAGACACAGAGGGGAAAAGCCUUUUGUGUGUGGCUCCUGCACCAAGGCAUUUGCCAAGGCCUCUGAUCUGAAAAGGCACGAGAACAACAUGCACAGCGAAAGGAAGCAGGUUACCCCCAGUGCCAUCCAAAGCGAGACAGAACAGUUGCAGGCAGCAGCCAUGGCUGCUGAAGCAGAGCAGCAGCUAGAAACGAUAGCCUGUAGCUAGAGCUGAUGGAACAGAAACACUUGUCUGGGAAGCAGAGACUGAGAUUACGUGGAUCAUAAUGAAUGAACACCAGUUACUAUAUUUUUGUGGAAACGUUUGGAGCAUUGUACUCACUGGACUUACGGCAGUGCUUGGUUAGGUAUUUUUUAAACUUUUCAAGGAAAUAAUCCUCAGUUCUGACCAAACCAUUUUCACUGUCCUGCCUGGUGUCUAGUAUUAAUGUUGCCAGUAAGCUCCCUUCCCUUCUUUUUUAUGAUUAUAAUUUGAGGACUCCCGUGUUCAGUUUAGAAGUGAGAGACUUCUAUUUUUAAUUCCUGUACACUCACUGCACUGGUGAGUGCCCUGCACAGAGUAAUAAUUGAGUAAAUUGAUUUCCUAGUCAUCACAAUACUAUGUGACUUAUGGUCAAAACAGUAGUUUUGAUAACUUAAUAAAAGUACUUCAAAUAGAUGCAGAAAAUCUUGGUGGGUGGUUGACCAAGAACACUGCACAGAUGUGAAAACAAGUGCUGGAGAUGCAGAAUGGUGUUAGAUUUGUGUUUGGUUUGUUAAUUUUAUAUCACUGUUUUUCACUGUUUUGUGGACAAAUAAUGGUUGCUUUGCUGAAAUGUUUCUUCAUCCAUUUUGAUUGCUCUGUAUUCACCCCAAAAGCUGAAGUGACAACAUACUGAAAGCUGAACAAACCCACCAGGAUGGUGGUAGUCUUGUGGAUGAGUUCUUGAGUUUCUCAAAUUUGGGGCAUUGCCACUCUGCACCAGCUAGAAUUUGUGGAGUGGACCAAUGGUGAGAGAGCAAAAAAGGUUCUCAGACAAGGUUUUACAUGUGCAACUAUUACAAGAUUUCCUAGAUUAAAAUAAUUAAUUGAUUUUAAAAUUGAAUUUUUAUCUCAGUUCAAAAUUAAGAACAAAUAUGCUUCUUCAAAUACAUUUGUGUAGCUUACAGAAUGUCAUUAAGCUUUUGGGCUCUCUGGGGCACAUGGUUUAUCCAUAAAGGAGAUACAAUAUGCUCAUUUAAAUUAAUAAAUUUAAAAUCUUUUAAGUGUGUAAAUAGUCGUGUUGGUCUUAUGUAUUUCAAGCAAAAGGAGACAGCUGCACCUUUUUUGCACACUAGAUUAAAAUGACAUCCAUAAGCAACAAACAUCAGACUUUUUAACAAAUAUUAAAGAUUGUCAGACCAAAUGUUUAUGUUUUGAAGUAUAUUUCAUCACUGGUUACAGUUUUAAAUAGAAGUUGAUUGCCUUUUCAUGGCCGUGAAUCAGAACUUAUAAACCCUGUUCCAGUUUUGGUGUACUAAAUGUUCUUUUAGCCAUUUCUUUAUAAAUAUAUUGAAAUGCCAACGAUAGUUUGAAUUAUGUUCUGUAACAAAGUAUUAGUCAAUUAUUUUAGAAUAUGUAGAACUGUAUAAGAUGUCAACUUUUCAAAUUCAUUUUUGGUUGCUAGGAUUUUUAAAGAAGACAUUAAAGUAAUUUUAUUUCAUAGCUUGUUGCAUUAACACCUGUAAUUACUAUUGUGGGAGAAAUUUUAUUUUUUAAAUUGGUGAAUGUUGUGCCCAAGAUUAUAGGAUGAAGAUAUUGUCUUUUAAAACAAAUUAUUUAAGUAAAAUGUUUACUUUAGCUUAAAUUUUUUUUUUUUCUUGAAAGUUGUUUAUUCUGUUCUGAAAGUAGUCCCGUCACUGUGUUUUUCUUCUGUUAGAAGAAAGGGAACUGAUUGUUGUUCCUAGGCUGUCUUAACCAAAGUAAAGGAAAAAUAAUUUAACAUCUUGACGAUACCUACUUCAACAAACCAUAUUUUGGGCCUUCAUAUUUAUAUAUAAAAGAAAAUAUAUUCCUAUCA